GCGCACCGGUUUAUGUUUUGGCAAUGUGUCUCGUUUUGAAGCCAGUAAGCCAGUUACGCGAGUGGUUUUGUGACACGUUUAACCGUUAAGCCAGUGAAUACAAAGACAAUAUCACAAUAUCAGAGUGUGGAAAAGAAUCAAUUUGACGCUUGACAUAAUUUGUUCGUAAUUUGUUUUUACCUGAAAAGGAGAUAACGGCGGUGUGCGUGUGAGUAUCGCUGAUACUCGUAUCGUGUCUAAGAAAAAGUAAUAACUGUGAUAAAGAGAGCAGAAUCGAAAAGAAAUCAACGAUCGCAAGCGAGAAAAAGUUCAGAAUAGUGAGGGGAAGUGCUGUUGGGGUGAUAACAAACAUCGAAGAAAGAGAAAGAAAAAUUUACUACACAUUGUACGCACGACACGCACGACGUACGCGUAUGCACACGUAUAUAGAUACGCGCGCUUGCGGGCGCGCUUACAGAUACAGAUACGUAAUAACGUUAUAUACACGGGCAGUCAAGCACACGCACGCACACGCGCGCGCGCGUGCGCGCGUGUGUGUAUGUACUCUAUAGUAGAUGAAUAUAUACACGUAUUUGUACAUAUAUAGAAAGAGAAGAAGAAGAGAAGGACGGUGUGAGGGAGGUUAAAGGAGGGAGCUUGGGGAAGGAGCGAGGGAACGAGCGAGUAAGGGAGAGAAAUAUAGAGAACAAGAAAGAAGGAAGAAAGCGAAACGCGUGGAAGAAGGGAAUUAGGAAUCGAAAAAUACGGUAGUUACAUGUGAUAUGCGGUGUUUCGCGAGUGCUAAGCGAUCCGCGUGGGACAGAAAAUCGUAAAGCAAAACAAUUGACGAACUUUCUCCCUUUUGUUUCGUUUUGUUAGUUAGAAUGGGUUUACCGUUGCUGACAAAUUUAAUCAAACGAUCGGUACGACAGAAAAGUAAACUGUUCAAGACUGAUUAUCGUCGAUCUCGAAUUAAUAUUUAAACGAAAGAAUUGGAGAUUGUACUUGAAAUAUGAAUCGUGUAUGGUACAAGAUCGUUGAGUGCGAGGAAGAGGGAGAAUAGCGGUGCAUGGAAGAAAGGAAAAGCGAGAGUCAGAGGUGUGAAGAGAUGAUUCCAUAAAGACGGACUGGAGGAUAUUGGGGAAGGGAAGGGAAGGGAAGGGAAGGAAAGGAAAGAAAAGGAAAGGGAAGGGAAGGGAGAGGAAGAGACGGUAAGGCAAAGGAAACGGGAAAGAAGAAACAAAGAGAAGAAAGAAGGAAACGUGCGCGAAAUAAUUGUGAAGGCUCGAAGUUUUUGAAAAACGUGUAUAUGUGUGUGCGCGUGUGUAUAUAUCAGUGGGCAAGAUGGAGGAAAGUCAGCUGUUGAUGACGGAACUUCCGGCAUUGACGCCAAGUCGCGGCACAACGUUGCUUCAUCGUUCAGGACAUUAUUAUCAAUUACACCAGCCGCACCUGGCUGCGAUACCGACGUCGCCGCAGAAUCAGGGGAUUCUUUACAACUCAAGUAACGCGCCGUCACAUUAUACCAGCGGUGCGACGACUGGCCUACCGGUGUACGCGCAAGGUCUCUCGUCGAGGCAACAACCGCAAGUAACUGCUCGUGGUACUGUCACAGUACCGAGCACACAUAUCUCCUGCCUGUAUCCUGAAAUAUUGGCGCUGAUCUUUAGCUACCUGGAGGUCAGGGAUAAAGGACGCGCUGCCCAAGUAUGUACCGCGUGGAGAGACGCGGCAUAUUACCGGUCUGUCUGGCGAGGGGUUGAGGCCAGGUUACAUCUAAGAAAGCAGGCCCCGGCAUUAUUUGCUAGCCUGGUAAGAAGAGGGGUAAAAAGGGUCCAGGUAUUGUCAUUGCGAAGAGGCCUCGGCGAUGUUUUGAAAGGCGUGCCGAACUUGGAGGCCUUGAAUCUUUCAGGUUGCUAUAAUAUCACCGAUGUAGGCUUAAUCAACGCUUUCUGUCAAGAAUAUGCCACGCUUAUCGAACUGAAUCUUUCACUGUGCAAACAAGUGUCGGAUAUUUCUCUCGGUAGGAUAGUACAGUAUUUAAAAAAUCUCGAGCAUUUAGAACUCGGUGGUUGCUGUAACAUUACAAACGGAGGGCUUCUCUGUAUAGCAUGGAAUUUGAAAAAGUUAAAAAGACUCGAUUUACGAAGCUGUUGGCAAGUAUCUGAUUUGGGUAUCGCUCAUUUGGCUGGUGUAAAUCGAGAAUCAGCCGGGGGAAAUCUCGCGUUGGAGCAUUUGAGUCUUCAAGAUUGUCAGCGGUUGAGCGACGAAGCUCUCAGGCACGUGUCGAUCGGUUUAACUACCUUGAAAUCCAUUAAUCUUUCAUUUUGUGUGUGCAUUACCGAUUCGGGGUUGAAACAUCUGGCCAAGAUGUCUAGCUUGCGCGAACUGAAUCUUCGAUCCUGCGAUAAUAUCUCCGACAUCGGUAUGGCUUAUCUCGCGGAAGGUGGCAGCAGGAUUUCCUCGUUGGAUGUAUCGUUCUGUGACAAGAUUGGAGAUCAAGCGCUCGUUCACAUUUCCCAAGGAUUGUUUAAUUUAAAAUUACUUUCUCUCUCUGCCUGUCAAAUCAGCGACGAAGGUAUCUGUAAGAUUGCAAAGACCUUGCACGAUCUCGAAACACUGAACAUCGGCCAGUGCAGCAGAUUAACGGAUAAAGGACUCUACACCAUUGCCGAGAGUAUGAAACAUUUGAAAUGUAUCGAUCUUUAUGGAUGCACCAGGAUAAGUACCAACGGUCUAGAAAGGAUUAUGAAGUUGCCGCAAUUGAGUACGUUAAAUCUUGGUCUUUGGCACGUGCGGUGAUGGCUUUUUCUCAACCGUACUACAUGCACUAUUUGCGUCCCUAUAUUCGUACGAGUAUUCGACGAACGUGUUUCCUCGGUGCCUGCGAAACAUCGCCGGAUGCCAUGCCGAUUUUAUACUUGUAUUUCUCCUAAUUAUUUUCUUUUUUAAUUCUUUUCUUUUUCUUUACCAACGCCCCUAACACUUCCUCUCCAUCCCACCCCGCCUACUCUGCGUCUUCUUACGUACUACUUUUUAUACGCUAUCCUAUCAAAUCACUUAUGGACAGCAGUAGCAACAGCAGCAGAUUCCUCGUCUUUUUUUCCUUUUUGAUCAUGCGACGAUUGUGUAAGGUGUCUCACACUCAUUUUUUCUUCUUCUCUUGCCAUCCUUGCGUAUCGUGUCAAAGACAAAUUUUCACACUUUUCGAUCAUUAAUGUUACAAAGUGACAAACAAGGUUCGUUAAUCAUCGGUUUGAUAUACUUUAUUUUUCAGAACAAAAACUUUUUCUCAAAUUUUCAGUGCUUCGUUCAUCCCGCACUUACUGCGAAAUCGGCAUAUCAAUAUUCAAUAUAUUUAUAUCAUUGGAAACUAAUUUCAUUUACGACAGAUAUGCAGCAUUCGCGUAUGUUCAAAAACUCAUUCGUUUCUUUAAUCGUACGUUUGUUUCCUUGGUCAUAACCUUAUCCGAAUUAAAUGUCGAAGAUUUAGUGACACUCUAGUCUAACGUUUACGCUCUUUUCGUGCUUUCCAAAGCGUUCUGCAUAUGCACGCAAUGGAAAACGCGUAUCGAGCUGUUUCUUUAUUUCUUUAUUUCUUUAUUCCAUUAUCGUGUCAAUAAAUAUGCUUAUUUUCUUAAAUAUACAUACAUAUUUACAUACAUAUGUACAUACGAAUCUGAUAUGUAAAUCUUUGUCUCUUUAACGAACGAAAUAUCGUAACAAUUUAACCAAGAUGUUAUACUUGAUCGAUUAGAAUCAUCCGCCGCUCUCUCAGUCUCUUUGCAAUAUUUUAUACAUUUUUCAUCUUCUAUGCAUACGUUAUAUAUAUGUAUUUGUAUUUACACGCAUAUACGCGCGUGUACACAACAUUACAUGCAUGAAGUAGGUAAUCGGUCAAAUAUUUUCUGUUACCAAACGUUUUGUCGUCGUAAUUGCGUAUUGUUUUCGAUUGAUCUCUUUGUACGAACAUUACAAAGUCUUUUACAUAAAAAUACCCAAGUUUCUCAAUUUAUUUCUUAAACAUAAUUUCACGUAGAUACUUUUAGUUGAAACCUUACUAGUUACUCAUUACCACCUGUUAUAUUUUUUAUUCAUGUGCCUUCUAUAACGAGAUCGUUGUAUUUGCUAUUUGAGCGAAGAUCUUUUUGUCGAAUCAUCGUAAUUAUCUAACAUACUACGCAUACCAAAGAAUACGGAGAUUAGAAUAAUACUAUAAUCGCCUGAUUCGUUCGUUUUCAACGUGAUUCGAUUAUUUUAAUAUGAGAUAGUAUGUAGAGACACACUCGUUAUGUUUGCCUGAUUAACGAAAAUCGUUGCUUUUUUCUUCAUAAUAUAAGUUCGAAUUUAGUAUCAUAGUAAGAAAAAUGUUAUCGAAUACAUACGAUUUGCUAAACUUCAGGUUAUAUGAUACGAUUAUUUUGUCUGUACAGAUAUUCCAUAAUAUUAAACAUGCUUUUAUUUUAUAUUGAUAUUGAAACAUAUAUCUGUUCCUUAAAAGUAUAUAAAUACAUACAAGCAAAGAGAAGAAAAAGAAACGAGAAAAAGAGGUGAGCGUGAGGAAUGAAAAAGAUUAGUACGUUGUAUUAUAUCUGAUUUAGCAAAUUUUCUAUUGUUGUAGGCAAGAAUUAGGUGAUAUUCUAUAUACGAAUUGAACAAGUUAAAAAUAAUGUGUAGGUAUAAAACAAAGUAUGCAUAUAGCAAUAAACAAAAUCAAAUUUAAUAGCAUAUAAUUUAAUCGUAUCAAUUUCAUUGGUCCGGACAAGUUACAAACAGAAUAUGUAUUAGAAUUAGAAGAAGCAAUCUGCGUUGUUAUGUCAAUGUUGAAUUCGAAUGAAAUAGCAUAAUUCGAAUAACAAAAUUAUUUGUUUUAACGUUUUAUUUGAUCAUGAUAAAUCUAAGUAUAUACGUCCAUGUGUCCAUCUUUUCGGAGGAUGUCAUAUUUCGCAUAAUUUUAUUUAAAACGUAUAUAUUGGGUUUUUCCUUUUUAAUUUCUAUAUUGUGCAUUUGCACUUUUUGUUAUUUGUAAUCGGAAGAAAUUACAAUUACUAUUCGCGUAGAUAGCUUAUCGAAAAAGUUAUAACGCAUUUGACUAGGAUUUUUAGAUGCAUUAUCGUUAAGUAUCUUUAUAUUAGUUUUUUAAUGUUAUGUUCGACUAUUAUUGUUAUGGAUAAAGACAGAUAGUAAAUUCUGAAGAAAAUUAAGUAUUGAUGAUGAAGUAAUUAUUAAAUAUGACUUUAGCAAUGCUCAUCAUUUGUAUCAGAACUAUACAAUCUAAUUUUUACUUUUGAUAAUACAUGUACACGAUUUUUAUCUCUUUUAAUGAUUUAUAUAACUCUAUUUCUUUACACUCUAAGCAAUUAAUUAUAUAUUUCUUUUCUAUAUUUAUAUAUCCGUGUGUGCAGUAUUUUGUAACUGCUUUGUGCGCAACUCUAACAUUAAUGUUUCCGUUUUCUGCUUUAUUUGACUUUCUUUUUAAAUAUUUUGAUCGAUAGAUCUAAUACAUCUAUGUACGUAUAUAUUUUAGUUCUAUGUUCUUAUACUAAACUAACAUAUAUUUUUGCAUUAAAAAAAUAUAGGUAUUUAAAAACGGCAAAAAUGUAGGAAAAAAGGAAGCAGUAAUAUUAGUUGACAUGAAUAUGUUACACAAAUUUGUACAAAAAUUGGUUUCUCAGUCAUGUAUUCGAAUAGUAAUAAAAACAGUUCUCAGUAUCAAUGACCUUUUCAAAGUACUACAUGAGUAUAUGAUAUAUAUUGUAUUUAGAAUGUUAACCAAUAGGAACUUUUUUACUAAUAAUGUAAUACAAACGACACAUAGUUAGUUGGUAUUUAUUUGUAGCCAAAAGUAAAACUUUGUUUCGCAUAUAAAUCCAUUCAUGUUUUAAAAUUUGUUAUACAAAGUACCUUUGUGAAUGAUGAUCUGUUAAAAAGAACGUGGUUAAGUUUACAAAUAUAUCCAACUGAAUGAUGAAAAUAAUUCAACUUAUUCUGUUUUUGAUUGGUGUAUCUUGAUACUUUCCGAAGCCUUCCACCACCGUGAUGGAAUUAGACUUCACAAAACAUUAUAAAUACAUCUUAUAGUAUAAAAAAAGAAUCUUACAAAUUUGAAAAUCAAAAUGCUAUAUUUUCGAUCAUUAUAACUAAAUAAAUAAUUUUUCAUGCUUAACACGUUGACUGCCAGACGAAUUUUCCAUGGUUUGCCUAAGGCGCCGACGUGAACUUUUCAUUAUUAGAUGCAUAUUAUGUUGUUAUUAUUA